AUGUCUUCAUUUUACUCUUCAUCCACCAGUCAGAGCUACUACAGUAGCACCAGUAAAGACGGCAAGACGGACACACACGCCUUCUCAGAACAGACCCGGACAAACCCGCAAGGCACCACGAUUCGCACUGCAUACAAGGACAACAACAAGCCCGUACAAUACACGGAGGAUCGUAUCCCAGCCAGGAAUGCACACCUGGAGGGCACAGCUGACACUUCUCGUCGCAUCGAGGACGUGAGCCACGAAGAAGCCGAUCGACGGUACACAGAGGCUAUGGAGGAUGAAUAUGCGAAGAGAGAAGGCGGGGCUUGA